UACAGACUUCAGUCAUAUUGAAAGAUAACAGGUUUUGUUGCUGUGUACUAUUUGUAUGUUUGAUAUAAAGUGGCUGGAUACCUUAUUUAUAGUAAUAGUUUAAUGAAGUGUUUAAACGAUAGCAGACUUUCAGAUUGAUAGACAUACAGUAUUCACUAACAAAGAAGCUUCACUACCAACUAUGAGAUCUCUACUGCUACUGAUCACAAUAACCUUGUUUCAAGGAUAUAGCUAUGGAUACAGCUACAUACCAGGCCAUGAUGGUUGCAAUCAACCAGGGACGCUUAGACUAGACAACCAGGGAACUAUGAACACUAGAUCAGGAGCAGUACAAGUCUGUACAGCAUGGGAAGGUGGAAGGCAACAGUGGACAUAUAUCAGUGCGGAUUACUGGACAAACACAACAGCCAAAAAAGCAUGCCAGCAACUGGGUCUGGGGUACUCAAGUGUAACUCUACGAAUAGUACUUUUGAGAAACAUUACAUUUAAAAGACAACUUAGAGAUUGCUGCUGUAUUGAGCAGGAUAAUCAGAUUUCAGAUUGUUUAACUCCGAAUGCUUAUGCCUCAAGUAUGGUAGCAUACCUCAAUUGUGGGGAUAACUGCAAAGAAAACAGUAUACGAUUGGUAAACGGACCAUCAAGCAGAAAUGGAACAGUUGAAUUCUGUCGCUCAAACCAAUGGAGGAGAAUUUGCAGCAGAGUAGCUGAUUUAAAGAAAAAUGCUAAAGUGGUUUGUAGACAAUUGGGGUAUCCAGUCAAUGGUGCUUCUGGGGUAAAUGUAGUGACCAGGCUAAGACCAGUAAAUGAAUGUUAUUCUUGCAUAGGAAACGAGAUUUCCUUUAGCGAAUGCUUGCGACGAGGAAAUCAAUAUUGGACAUUUAAAGUGGGAUGCAGAUCACAUGAGCAAGUAGUUCGUGAUAAUGCGACAAUAUCUACGGACAAUGACGGAAGCUGCUCAACAAAUGUGUGUAACUGUGAGACUGACAGUCGACCAGAACCUGCAACUAUAACAAUGGAUACUACAAAUGAGCAGGAGCCGCUAUCCACUGACCAGAGCACAGGCAGGCAGCGUGAAUCAGACACUAUAAGCCCCUGGGUCAUAACAGGAGUAUUGGCUGUAGUGUUACAGGUCACCAUCAUUGGGUGGAUUGUGUCAUGCAUCUGCUUGAGCAAAAAGCAAAGGAAAGGUCACCCUGAUCAAACACCGAGCACCAGAGACGAGCAAUCUCUCAACAACCCAGUGUAUGAUGGUAGCACCACUGUCCCACACACCACGUACAGCUCUCAUGGACCCUCCUAUGAGGUCAUUGAUACUAACGAGGGGGCGGGGCAUAGCUAUGAUGUCAUCGGUCAUAGGGGUGCAGCUAGACCACACCCACCCACCACACACCCUGUGUCCAACGAGGAGUACAGUACGCUAGACACCAGCAGAGAGAAUGAGUAUCACACACUAGAGAGCAAUACUGGAGAUGGUCAAUAUUCAAUGGUUGGACACACUGACCCCCAAGAUUACGAGGUGCCUGCCCCCCCCCCCCUCAGGGGGAAAAGUACUCUACACUGAAGCAUUGAUAGCCUACGCAAACAUCAACAAGUAUAAAUGAACAAUAAUUCUGAUGUAUCAAUGUGUUUAACACUAUAAUUAUAGUUCUACUAUAUGCAAUACAAAUGGGCAAACAA